AAUCUGAAACGUUGCGAGAGAAGAUUGGCAAUAAUUAUAAUAUAUACUAAAAGGGAGAAAGAACAAAAACUUUAUGUAUUUUUUAUAUUUUACUAAAAUAGUAAAAGGUAUAUAAAUAUUCAAAGUUUUAUCCAUUCUUAUUAUUAUCAUGAUUGCUUUUGCUCUUUCAGAUUAAAUUUAAGGAUAAUAACAAAUUAAGCUCUGAGCUAUACCUUUUCAAAGACGGUCAUAAUGAAGGUAAUUAAAGGUUAUAGUAAAAAUGUGUCUCGCUUUAGCGAUAAGCAACGGGAUUCCGGAAAUUUUUAUUACAUCAAUUCGUUUACAGGAUGACAAAUUCUUGCAACGAAGCAACAGAAUUCUCGAAAACGUGACUAUUUCAUUUUCUAUGAUUCGUUUAAGAUUCUAGGGAAGAUAAUGCGUCACAAUUGUCGAUAAUGAAGAUACCACCAGAUAUCGAUAUUUAUUUUCUAUAUGAUCUCAGGUAUAUAAAUCCUUUUGCAAAUAAAAAAUAUAGAUGUAACAACAUUGUGUAUUAUUAACAUGCAUUCAGUCGCAAAGUUACAUGAUCUAACUGUGACCUAACAACUAGUCUUACAAACGUGUUCGUAACGGCAAGAUGCGUUAAAUUCAACCCGUUAUUCGCCCCGUUACUUUUCCUCAUUUCAAUCGUCUUCGUCCUCGAUUUGACUCUCUCAUGUGCAAGCCUCAUCAGUGGCCAAUCACGUACAACACGUUCAAUUUAUUCAUACAUUUUAGAGAAUGAUAAAAACACUUAAGAAAAAAAUGUUCCUUAGACUUUGCAAAACUUUUUUUAAAAUUUAUUCAAAAAAAAAAAAAAAUAUAUUGUACCUUAUAAUAUUGAUUGAUUUAACAACAAUUUCACGUUUUCAUUCUUUUAGAACUUCUAACACUGGACCAGAG